GAGAGCGCUCGGACAGCGUGGGGAGAAACAUGUCUGCUUCGAUAUCGCAGCAGCUUUCCGAUUUGUUGAAUCCCUUGCCAAAUUUCGUAGAUCCUGAGGACGACCAAGAUGAAGAGACCAAAGCUAGAGUCAUAGACCGUUUUGACGAAGACGAUGAAGAAGAGGACCUGCCGUGCGCUGGUCUGCGGAAGCGCACCACAGCUUUACUGGAGGACACGGACACGCGCUAUCGUGGCCAGCGGACGUCGCGCAGAGAUCUACGGAAAGAAAUGGACGCUUCCUCUGAGGAAGAUGAUGAGGGUGAUGAGGAAGAAGAUAGUAAUAAUGGAGAUGUGAAUAAAGAAGUGGGAGAUGAGGAAGAAGAUGAAGGUGAUGAUAAUAGUGGGGAAGAGGAGGAAGACCUUAACAGCGAUGACAUUUCACAAAUAUCUCACUCAGUCUCCAAAAUGAAAGCAAGUGACAUGAUCCUCCCUAAAGUAACGGACUUCCACAAACUCACUGAAGGCAUGGAUGACCUGGGAGAGAGUGAGGAUGAGGAGAACGGUGACACGGAUGAAGAAGGAGACAGUGAAGAAGGCUCAGAAGAGGAAAAUGGCACUGAGGGUGAGGUGGAUGAAGACGACUCUGGAGCUUUGAUGACAUUUUCAAAGGAGAAAGUGGAUGAAGAGGUGAAAAAGGGGGAAGCAGUGAGAAAUCAGCUUGCUCUUUGGGACCUGUUACUUGAAGGACGAAUCAAAAUGCAGAAAGCCCUUCUGAUGGCCAAUCAGCUUCCACAGCCAGACACCUUCCCAGAGUUCAAGAGCAAGGGUGGGCCAGAGUAUGCCGGAGCAUUACAGAACAGUCACAAGGCCCUGAAGGCGCUGCAGCGCUCCCUGCUGGAGCUCCAGGACCUGCUGCUGUAUCAGAGCCCCGACACCAGAGGCAUCGCGCAGGGCAAGAACUGGCCAGGCCACAGAAAGGCCAAAGAUGACGAGGAGGUUAAUAGCAGUGACGAACCGAUCGAGGAUGACGACGGUCAAGACACGGCCGCGGCUCCGAGCGGACCCCCCAAACGGAAGCUGGACGUGGCGGAAUAUCCGGACUUCAUGGCCAAGCGCUUUGCAGCCUUCCAGCCGUACUGCGAUGACACCCUGCAGAAAUGGUACGACAAGACGCGGCUCACCACAGGAAAAGCCAAGGGCUUUGGGGCGUUUGACAGGAAUAUCCUGACGCAAGUACAGCAGGUGCUGGCGGAUAAGGAGCGUUUACUGAGGCGCACGCAGACACGCCGCUCUGACUACAGAGUUCUGGGAAAAGCACAGGCUGUCCUCAGCGCCCCCACAGACCCUGAGGCAGCAGACUUGGCCCUCAAAGCUAAUGUGCACCUCAAAGAUCUGGAUGAGGAGAUCUUCGAUGAUGACGACUUCUACCACCAGCUCCUCCGGGAACUAAUCGAACGCAAGACGAGUGCGGCAGACCCCAAUGACCAAGUAGCCAUGGGCAGACAGUGGCUGGCUAUCCAGAAGCUUCGCAGUAAGAUAAAAAAGAAGGUUGACACCAAAGCCAGCAAAGGCCGAAAAGUCAGGUUCCACAUUCACAGUAAGUUGGUGAAUUUCAUGGCUCCCAUGGACCACAGCAGCAUGGGCGAUGAGGCUCGGUCAGAGCUGUACCGCUCUCUAUUUGGAUCCCAGCUGCUCCACUAAAGGAUCCCACGUCAACAGACGGACGAGCGUCCUUGCCGAUCCCACGUCAACAGACGGACGAGCGUCCUUGCCGAUCCCACGUCAACAGACGGACGAGCGUCCUUGCCGAUCCCACGUCAACAGACGGACGAGCGUCCUUGCCGAUCCCACGUCAACAGACGGACGAGCGUCCUUGCCGAUCCCAAAUAAUCAACAGACGGACGAGCGUCCUUGCCGAUCCCAAAUAAUCAACAGACGGACGAGCGUCCUUACCGAUCCCAUAAUCAACAGAUGAAGUAUGCUGACAUACUGCAACAGCCAGGACCAGAACGCCACUUUCUGUAAAGACGUGUGUGCAGUGGUUUGGAUUCUGAUUUUAGGAAUAUUAGGAAUCCAAAAUUGUUUUGUAUGUUAAAGUUAAAUCCAAUAAUCCAUAUGCACUUUAUUACUAGACAGAACGCCACUUUUGAAUGUGUCUGUAUUAAAGUACCAUUUUGUCGGCCA